AUGCGUGUGUACUUCAAGUAUGUUGGCGCCGUGUUCAUCCCUAGCGAAAAGAAUGCCCUGGAGCUAUUCGAAGAGCAUGUCAUCAGUCAAAAAAGGAACGUACCAUGGAGCAUCGCCGAUGCAACAGCGAAAUUCACGAUCGAGCUGUGCUCUCCAGAAAACGAAGAUGAAGCGGCUAUCUUCCACGAGAGCCACAAAGACAUGAUCAGCUGGGUGAAGUCGGGCGAUAGAGUUCCGGAACUUGAUGAAGGUGCAGAAAGGCUGAAGGCUGCUCUUGAAACUGGAACAUUGGCAAGAGCUGUGCAGAAUAUGCCCAGGCUGGAAUCACUUGUUAUAAAUCUCAACCAAGAAUGGCGCGACGACGAAGGUGACUGGGACGACAGUGAAGACGAUGAAAGCAUCGUUUCAUCUGGUCUGCAACUUCGAUUAGAGUUGCUUCAGACUGUCCGUGAAAGUGUCGCUGCCAUAUUCACACUGUACGGUGUUCCCAAUAUCAAGACUGGAAUCAGCCAUCUCUCGUUGCUGACAUAUCUACGACUUACUCUCCCCUGUGCCUACGACUUCGCUCAACUAGCGUCUUCCAUGCCUGAUACUAUAGCCUUACGCCUUCGCCACUUAUAUCUCGAAAUUGUCGACGGUACCGGACCUGGCGGCGAUCGUUCAUAUACCCACAGCUGGCAGGGCGACGGAGAUCCAUUCGACGGAGAUGAGGGCCACAGAUUUUCGAACCUACAGAGGCAGUAUCCGAACACUGCUUAUAUGCAAGAUAUGUGCGGUCUCGUUAAUCAAUGCAAUAAUCUCGAGAGCCUUGGCCUCGUGGGCACGCAGUGCAUCAACCUGAAAGGUCUCCACUGGCAGCCGGCCAACGACGCAGGACUCAAGAGCAUAUACUUUUCCCGGGUUGUAGCAACUGAAGAACAGCUCUUGAGCCUGCUUACUUCAGGACGUGAAGACGGCGCUUGUCAUACCGAAGCUUUCGACAUUGAAGACGUGGAGCUGAUGGAUGGGACGUGGAAGUCUGUCUUCUCCCGCCUACUUACUUCGUCCUCACUUGUAUUCUUUCAGGUUUACAAUCUAAAAUAUAAUACCCGCGGCCAUUCGGCGCACCUUGCACGGUACAAUCAUCGUCCAUGGGAGAAUGUCUCCGAGAUCUGGUCCGAAAGCCGCCAGGAUUGCAAAAACCUUGCAGACCUCAUUCGAACGGUGGAGAGACGCGGCAUCAAGGCGGUAGAUCGAAUGAAACAGUACGACAAAUCCAAUUAG